AGGAAAAGAGUAGCUGUUCCACAUCACUGUUCACCUUCGUUCAUUAAGGCAGGGUCACCUACAGGACUGGAGUUACUCUAAAGGAAUGUGCACGUGGACAAUGGUCCCAAUCCUCUGCCUCUCUGGAAAACAGUAGCUGGGGUCCAGCACAUUCUGUGCUCUGCAGACACGUGUGCUAUCGUCACCAAGGAAACUCUGUGCCUGGCUGUGAGAAUUCUCAGAGAGCUACACUGCACCUGAGAAUGAAUCCAGAGAAAAGGAAACAGAAGAACAGAAGGCACGAGCAGAUGUCAGGGGAACCUGAUCCUGACACCAAGCGUCAGAGCGUGCAAGAACUAGCAAACAUAUUUGAGGCUCCAGGAAGUAGCAUUUCGUCUCCUCAGCAGUCAUCCACAGGUGGAAGGGAUAUUCCUAGCCAUGCAGGCUCCACCCAGGUGGUAGAGCAACCCUUGCAGCAGGUACAGGGAGCAGAUUCCCUUGGGCGAGUUCAGGAACACAGGUCACAGCAGAGCAAAGGGGAAGGAGACCGAGAAAGACUGGUAAUAGAACCUGAGGCUGAGAAGCGCAGUAUCCAAGAACGAAAGAAACGCUUUGAAGGCCGAAGAAGUAGCUUUCCACCUCCUCAGGUGUCAUCCAGAGGCAGAAGGGAGAUGUCUCCCCGUACAGAGCUUUUCAAAAUGCAGCGCUACAAAGAGGAUGUCACCCUGGAUCCUGACACAGCCCACCCCAGAUUGGAAAUCUUUAACAAUGGGAAGAGUGUGAAAGAUACUGGCACCAUCAAGAAGGUGCCCAGCAAGGGGAAGAGAUUUGAUUCCCACCUUUACGUGUUGGCAAAGGAAGGAUACACAUCUGGGAGACACUACUGGGAAGUGGAUGUUGGCCAGAGAAGCAGCUGGGCCUUGGGUAUUGCCCGGGAAUCUGUGACUCGCAAAGGGACAUUGACUCUGUCUCCAAAGAAUGGCCUCUGGGUCAUGGGGUGUACAGACGGGCGAGAGUAUUGGGCCUACACAGAGCCUUGGACCCGUUUGAGUGUGCGUGGGAAGCUGCCAAAGAUUGGGAUCUUCCUGGACAUCUCAUCCAAGCAGCUGUUGUUUUACAAUGUCCGUAAGAAAGCAGCUCUGUACACUUUCACCAUUGCUGAUGGCAGCAGCCGGGAAGGGAAACUCCUUCCCUUGUUCUCCACAGGCUCAGCUGCUGCAAAGGCUGACACUGAGCCUCUGAACAUAGCGCAGGGGUUUGAUGAUGAUGAUGAAUAGAUCACUCUACAUUGUGAAGGUCUAGAAUGUACAGCCAGGGAUCAGAUGGAGAUGUGAUCAACCUGCUGCCUUGUUUGUAUCUCCUGAGCACAGCUGAGGUAGGAAGGGACAGAUGUAGUGGAGUGACCAGCUCUGACAGCUUUUAAACUAUGCAUCAGAAUGAAAAAGCUAUUGAGGCAAAUUUUAGGGGUUCAAGAAAAACUUUUUUUUUUUUUUCAUGGCAACAUGGAAUAAAUACUUCUUCUGGAAGGUGUGUUUUCAGAAAAAAUUACUGGUCCGUUUUCUUAUACUUUGUUGUUUUGGGUUUUGUUGAAGAGGAAGAAUGAUAGAGCAACCUGUCAGGCACCUGGUGUCCAGCCAAGGUCAAGCCACCAUAGAUGUCCAGUUGGCUUUUGACUUUCUCCCAGGAUGGACACUCUCUUGGAAACUUGUACCGGUGCUUGGUCACCUUCACAGUAAAAAAGUGUUUCCUGAUGUUCAGAGGGAA